GGCCUAAUUGGCUGUCGGCGGAGGGGGGCUCAUUAGGGAUGCUGGCUCGCAGCUGCUCCGGUUAGUCUGGAGCCGGGCGCCUGGCAGCAGCGAGGUGCGGAAAGAGAGCGGCGAGAGGCAGGAGCUGGGGGCGCCCGGCACCCACUGCCCCCCCCUCAAUCCCCGGCGCCUCAAAGCCCCUCCCAGGACAGCGCUCAGUAAUAAAAGGGAGGCGAGUCCCAGGCUGGCACUCGAGCCCUGAGAGCCUGACGGGAAAUUAUCCCCCUUGGCGGGGGAAGGAAAGCAGGAGUGAAGAAGAGGAAAAGGAGGUGUGGAGAGAGCAUGGGGAUACGGGCUGCAGGAGGAGGGGGGCCCGCACGCCUGAGGAGGCGGCUGCUCUUGCUGCUGGGGCUCUGCAGCUGGGCUGCUGCCCUCAGAGGAAAUGACAACAGUGAAGCCCUUCCUGAGUCUAUCCCAUCCGCUCCUGGAACAUUGCCUCAUUUUAUGCAGGAACCAGAUGAUGCUUACAUCAUUAAAAGCAACCCCAUUGCCUUGCGAUGCAAAGCCAUGCCCGCUAUGCAGAUUUUCUUCAAGUGUAAUGGUGAAUGGGUCCACCAAAAUGAGCAUGUCUCUGAGGAAAGCAUGGAUGAAAGUACAGGCUUGAAGGUUCGAGAGGUGUUCAUCAACGUGACAAGGCAGCAAGUGGAGGAUUUUCAUGGGCCAGAAGAUUACUGGUGUCAGUGUGUUGCGUGGAGCCAUUUAGGGACCUCAAAAAGCAGGAAGGCAUCAGUCCGCAUAGCCUAUUUGCGGAAAAACUUUGAACAAGACCCACAAGGAAAGGAGGUUCCUAUUGAAGGAAUGAUUGUUCUGCACUGUCGGCCACCAGAGGGAGUACCUGCAGCUGAGGUGGAAUGGCUUAAGAAUGAGGAGCCCAUCGAUUCCAACCAGGAUGAGAACAUCGACACAAGGGCAGAUCACAACCUGAUCAUCCGCCAGGCCCGUCUGUCUGAUUCUGGGAACUACACUUGCAUGGCUGCCAACAUAGUGGCCAAGAGAAAGAGCAUGUCUGCAACAGUCGUGGUGUAUGUGAAUGGAGGCUGGUCGUCAUGGACUGAGUGGUCUAACUGCAAUGUGCGGUGUGGCCGAGGCUGGCAGAAGCGAUCCCGGACCUGUACCAACCCUGCUCCGCUCAACGGGGGUGCAUUUUGUGAGGGAAUGUCAGUGCAGAAAAUUACCUGCACUUCACUUUGCCCUGUGGACGGUAGUUGGGAGGUGUGGAGCGAAUGGUCAGUCUGCAGCCCGGAAUGUGAGCAUCUGAGAAUUCGGGAAUGUACAGCUCCACCUCCAAGAAACGGAGGAAAAUUCUGUGAGGGCUUUAGUCAAGAAUCUGAGAAUUGCACUGAAGGGCUUUGCAUUCAAGAUAAAAAACCUCUUCAUGAAAUAAAACCCCAAAAUAUCGAGAACGCCAGUGACAUUGCCUUGUACUCAGGCCUGGGUGCUGCAGUCAUUGCUGUAGCUGUGCUGGUAGUCGGCAUUACACUCUAUAGACGGAGCCAGAGCGAGUACGGCGUGGAUGUGAUUGAUUCAUCUGCGCUGACAGGAGGCUUCCAGACAUUUAAUUUUAAAACAGUCCGGCAAGGUAACUCCCUGCUUCUGAACUCAUCCAUGCAGCCUGACUUGACAGUGAGCAGAACGUACAGCGGACCCAUCUGCCUGCAGGACCCUAUGGACAAGGAGCUCAUGACAGAAUCUUCGCUCUUUAAUCCCUUGUCAGACAUCAAGGUCAAAGUUCAGAGUUCAUUCAUGGUUUCCCUGGGGGUGACGGAGCGGGCCGAGUAUCACGGAAAGGCACAUUCUGGAACAUUUCCCCAUGGGAACAACAGAGGCUUCACGACAAUACAUGCCAGGAACAAAACUACAUACAUUCAGAAUCUGUCAUCUCUUUCAACAAGAAGUGAGCUGAGAACGACUGGCAUUUUUGGCCACCUGGGUGGCCGAUUAGUGAUGCCAAACACAGGAGUCAGUUUGCUGAUACCACAUGGAGCUAUCCCUGAAGAGAGCUCAUGGGAAAUCUACCUUACCAUCAGUCAAGGGGAGUCCAGUCUACAGCCAGAAGGCACAGAAGUUCUUCUUGGUCCUGAAGUCACAUGUGGCCCUCCAGAUGUGACUGUCACCACUCCUUUUGCCUUGACUAUACCGCAUUGCGCAGAAGUAAAUUCUGAACAUUGGAAUAUUCACUUGAAAAGAAGAACACAACAAGGGAAAUGGGAGGAAGUGAUGUCCAUGGAAGAGGAAACUACUUCCUGCUACUGCCUAUUGGAUCCUUACGCCUGUCACAUUCUCUUAGACAGCUUUGGAACUUACGCUCUCGCUGGGGAGCCCAUCUCUGACUGUGCAGUUAAACAGCUGAAAGUGGCAGUGUUUGGCUGCAUGUCUUGCAAUUCGCUGGAUUACAAUCUGAGAGUGUACUGUAUGGACAACACCCCUUGUGCAUUUCAGGAAGUAGUUUCAGGUGAAAGACACCAAGGAGGACAGUUGCUGGAGGAACCUAAGUUGCUGCAUUUCAAAGGGAAUACCUUUAGUCUUCAGAUCUCUGUUCUUGAUAUCCCUCCUUUCCUCUGGAGAAUUAAACCAUUUACUGCAUGUCAGGAAGUUCCUUUCUCUCGUGUGUGGUGCAGUAACCAGCAGCCACUGCACUGUGCCUUUUCACUGGAGCGUUACACUCCCGCAACCACACAACUGUCCUGCAAGAUCUGUGUUCGGCAAGUCAAGGGCCAUGAGCAGAUCCUACAGAUCCAGACAUCUAUUCUAGAGAAUGAGAGAGAAAUCAUCACAUUGUUUGCACGUGAGGACAGCAACUUCCCUGCACAAACUGGUCCAAAAGCCUUCAAAAUCCCAUACUCCAUUAGACAGAGAAUAUGUGCGACAUUUGACACACCCAAUGCUAAAGGCAAAGACUGGCAGAUGUUAGCACAGAAAAACAGCAUCAACAGGAAUCUCUCUUACUUUGCUACACAAAGCAGCCCAUCUGCUGUCAUUUUGGACCUGUGGGAAGCCCAACAUCAGCAUGAUGGUGACCUUGACUCUCUAGCCUGUGCCCUGGAAGAGAUAGGACGGACACAUUCUAAAAUCUCAAAUAUUACAGAAACUCAGAUCGAGGAGACCGACUUCAGCUACAGCAGGCAAAAUGGACUUUAGUCAUCUCUUUUCCAUUCAAGAACUGAUGGCCAGCUUUGACUUUGACAUUAGCGAAUUUCUACAAGCAGGGAGGAAAUAAGUGUUUUAUGCACAUUGCAUACAGGGAAUCAGACCUUCAUUUUUACCACCUGUUUUUUAUUUGGAGGAGCAGAAGAAACCCCAGAGUAAAUCACCACAGUAACAAGGAAAAUGCAAUCAUCUCUGUGACUCCACAAUCCUCCCAGAAUUAAAACUCAUGUGAGAGUAAUGAAAAUAGUCUACUUUUCUAUGAUUCCCAGGGGGUGAGAGGGUGGGGAAGCUAUAGAUGAUAACAGUAGAUGUUGUGACACUGUAUUAAACAAACAGUAAUGCAACCCAGAGAAAAAUAAAGAAGGCAGUGAUGAUGCUCUAUGAUCAAGAAGUUAUUGAACAUUUAGAGCCAUUAGACUCUCUGGGUUUCAAGAUUUGACCACAUGGCUUCAUUCUCCAUUGCCUUGCACUUUGUCAAUUUACAAUUAAGAAGGUACAAAAUAUGACCAUGAUGAUUUGGUAGCACUGUGCAUUCACUUUAUACUGGCGUAAGUGAACUCCAUAUAUUGCAGGGCUACAGAAAAUCAGACCCAGGGUAUUCAGCCAUCCAGGGAAUUAGAACCUGUACUGUUUCAUUUAUAUAGCCAAUCGCUUCAAAAUUUGAUCAUGUAAUUAACAUACACAUUUGCUGCAGAAUUUUCCUGGCCCUUCUAAUAGCAAAAAGUCCCCCAAACUCUU